AUGAACGCAAUAAACGUGAAUUGGUUACAUUCGAUGGAAGGUGAAUCGUUGGUGCAUCAUUUUUACGUGAACACGUCGAAGAAAAGACGAUUUUAUGGUAUUCUAGAAAGACCACCCUUACCAUCUUCAAUUGAGGAAGUUACAUAUAAAAUUUUUAUGGUUGGCAGAUCAGGAGUAGGCAAAACAUCUGUUGUAGCACAUUUGGCUGGUAUACAGGAGUCCAUUAAUUACGUAGAAACAAAUGGAAUAAAGAAGACAAAUGUCUUUUGGCCAGUCAAGAUAUGGGAUAAAGUUGUCUUAUUUAAAUUACAAUUUUGGGAUACUUCUGAAACAAGCAUUAAAAAAUAUAAUCAUAUACUGCCUGCAUGCAAGGAUAAAGUUGAUGCCAUAUGUUCUGUGUUUUGUUUCGAUGAUGCCACAGGUUUUAAUGAUGUUCCAUAUUUGAUGAAUACAAUGGCAUCUAUAAAGGAAAAACCAGCCAAUAUAGUAAUAGGAACAAAAUUUAAACCAUGGUCAAGUUCUACAAUAGAGGAUGCAAGGAUAAAGGAGUUUGAAGACAAAUGGAAAGUUAAAGUUAUCAGGGUUGAUAUUAAUAAAUUGUCAACAAGAUCUGAAAUAUUUGAUUAUUCUUAUCAGUUAAAUGCCAUAUGCAGUAUACUUUGGAAUAGAGAUAAAGAGUUUAUAUCUAAGCAAAUGGGGCAGAAUUGAAUAAUCAAAUGGUAAAUUAAAAA